UGUUAAUUACUUUUAAGUAUCAUUUCGAAAUAAAAUGGAUCAAUUAUAAAUGUUGAACAUCACUACCAUGCUAUUUAAAUUAUAUGUCAUUUAAGAAGGUGAUUCAUUUAAAAAAGAUAUUUGAAUAUGAAAAGUAUUUUGUUAGUAUUUCAAAACUUUUUGAAUUAAAAAAUCCACAAUUGAGCGAAAAAGUUAUUAAAACAAAAAAAUCAGAUCCCACCACCAAAUAAACAGAUGUUAAUGCGUGACGUCAUGGCGAUCUCUCCUAUUAGGACCACCUUAUCAUCGUAAACCUUGUGGCAUGACAAUAAUAGUAUGGCCGCCGUUGUCACAAUGUUAUGUCAUCGAAAUGGAAAAGGACCUGUACCUAUUGCACUUGCUCUAAUCAUCUAUUACUUUGAUAAAACCUACAAAGUUGACAUGAAAUGAAUAUUUUACCAAGUUUGAUGAAAUAGUGAAUUAUUGGUCAAUUGCAACUGAUAGUGCAAAGAAUCUGACUUUCGCUCCAAUGUCUUUAUACCAGAGGUUUUUAAAAGUAUUAAAGUUCCAAUGCAGAGCAUACAGUCAAGUAAACGCUAUGGUGCUGUAUGAUUUAAAGGUAAGAAUGUAAGAGGUUUUAAGAAAGAAAUUAUCAAAUAAUAUAGAGUUAACGAAAACGAAUGUCAUAUACAUGUACAUGAUAAGGAUACACUUCAUGCCAAAAAUUCUCCCACAAAUACUGAAACCUUUAAUUUAGGAUUUAAAACUUUAUUCAAUUUAGCUCUUUUGUGAAGAGAACUUUAAUAUAGUAACCUUUAAGAAAAUCCUGGGAGAUUUAUAGAAUGCAACCAAGCAAAUGGAUACUUGUGUUCAUGAGUGGUAAGGCGUUAAAAAUUGUUUGUUUCGGUAUCCCGACCUACCCUAAAUUUUAGCCCGACCCUAAAUGUUUUAUGGCCUUGGAGAAUUAUUUUAAACUUUUUAACAAAAAUUUGCAAACUGCUCUUUUUAUGAUUUAAACAUGGUCAGUGAUGUUAGAAAUCAACUUACUGAUGCUCUAAAAGCAUAACCCCUUUAUUUGUAUUCAUUUUUUUUUGACACGAAAAUAAUUUCCAAAAAGUCCCACUUAAUAAAAAAAAUCCAAAUAAAAAAAAAAUACCGACCUACCUACCCUAAUUUUUUUAGCAUGCUACCGGAAACAAACAUUUUUUACGCCUAACGAGAAGUGUAACACCCCUAAAGCCCUACAUCACAAAAUCACGGCGGAGCUCUAUUUGAUACUGAUACCACUGAAUGUACUCCAUGAGCCCAAAAACCAAGUCCAAGUAAGGAUAGUAUUGCGUAUUUGCAUAACUGAAUAACUCUUGGAACAAGCAUUGCUGGUGUCAUAUCAGGACAACCGACAGCAACCCCAGAUAGAGAGUCGAAACCACUACCUGUCGGAUGAGCUGUCGGCAUCUUAUCCGGCGCCUGAUACAUAUCAUACUAUAUUCAGUAAUACAAAAUUUUCUUUCAGCGCAAAUUAAGCCAAAAAGAACGAGUGUGCCAAAAAAAUGGAGCAAACAUUUGCAUAUUAGCAAAUUAUAAUAGCGGGCAUAUUUUGAUAAUAUUGCGGCCGGAUGGAAAUGACUUACAUCGAAACAAAAACAUUGAUACCAUGCAUUCAUGAGAAGAUGAGGCUGUUUUGAGUUUUUCAUAGAAAUUAUCAGUCGUUGCUAGAUUUUAAUGUUUCGUUAUUCAUGCACUUCAGUGUAACUUAUUUAGAUUUGUUGAUAUAUAUCUCCAUACAUGUAUAUAACGACAAUGAAUUUAAAUGUUGGACAUGGAUUUCUUUCUAUAGUGUAUUGUUUUUGUUUCAUUGGGUUUGUUAAAGUUGCCGUGUCACUGCAAUGUUAUAGCUGUCCGUCCCAAAGCACUGCUGAAGGGUGUCAGGCGAUCACAUCAUGUGGACCGGACCAGGUGUGCAUGUUAAGGCGUACAAUCAACAACCUGACUCAGGAAAUUCUGUACGAAUCGCAAUGUGAAGACAAAGUAGCCUGUGAUUUAGAGCUUGACAGAUACAGAGCCAUCUUAACAGCACUGGUCGGCAGAAAACGAGAAAUGAAACAAGUUUUAGCUGAGAGUGUAUGUCUAAUACAAUGUUGUGAUCAAGAUCUUUGCAACAAUGGGUGUGUCAAACCAACAGUCCAACCGGUUACAGCAACAUUCAAUACAAAAACUAUGUCGACAAUAGAAUCAGCCACUACAAAUACACAAUUGAACAAAGAAACUGUCACAACAAACAAGCAGCCGACCAUAAAAUUAGUCAGUACAAACACACAACCGACAACAGGAUCAGUCAUUACAAACACACAUUCCACAGCAGGAUCAGUCAGUGCAAGCACACAGCCGACAACAGGAUCAGUCAGUACAAACACACAGCCGACAACAGGAUCAGUCAGUACAAACACACAUUCGACAACAGGAUCAGUCAGUACAAACACACAGUCGACAACAGGAUCAGUCAGUACAAACACACAGUCGACAACAGGAUCAGUCAGUACAAACACACAACCGAUGACAGGAACAGGAUCAGUCAGUAGAAACACACAGUCGACGUCAGGAUCAAGCACAAACCCUACCUUGACAACGUUUGCGAACGGCACACCAUCAACACACGGCAAUGUAACAACACGAACUCCGGGAGUAAUUCUUGUGCCAACCAAAUCAUCCAAAGUUACAGCAAAAACGACAGAAAAAUAUCAAAACAGUAAAAGCACAGCGAGUUUUAGUUAUACCGAACAGCCAACAAUUUCAUCGGAAUCGACAAUGGUCACACCACAAUACAUUUCAACACCAGCGGAUUGUCCAUACGGCUCUGUGACAUUUGAAACGUCAUGUUACCUGUUUGGCAGACAAGAGAUGAGUUUCCGAGAUGCAAAGAUGUUCUGUGCCAAGUACAACUCACAUUUAGUUCACGUCGACUCCUCUAGAGAAAAUGAGUUUCUGAAAACCCACUUGACAAAAAUGCAUAGAGGCCCUACACAGUACUGGAUAGGUAUAACAGACGAAGAGACAGAAAAUGUAUGGCGAUUUUACGACAAUCAAAAAGUGGCAACAUUUUAUGACUGGUCUCCCGAUGAGCCGGAUGGUACCCAAACAUUUGACGGAAAUGCGAAUGCAGACUGUGCAGUAUUUGAUCCUUAUCUAAACUUUCAAUGGAGAGAUGAAGAUUGUUCACCAUAUCAAUAUUCGGAACCAGUCUGUGAAAUAAGCAAGUCGUAGAAAGACCUAAUUUUGCUGUGAUGGGUUAUGGUAGUGAGAUUGUGUACACGUCGCUGCGUAUAUGUUCUUGUCAGAUCUAAUGAAAAUAAUUAUUAUAGAUAUUAUACAAUGUUAACGUUAA